AGCCUAAGUAGGACCCACCGAAUAACUUAGACUAAGUUCCAAUUAAGUUACAUGAUGCGAGUGUUGUGUACUAUACUUGUCGUCGCGGUGGUAGCCUGCAGUGCUGCGCCUGGAGGUUCUGAAGAUGAUGGAAGGAUAGAGCUUUUUUCUGGAGUAGCUAUAGAGCGGGAUGCAAAAGGUGAAGAAAAGCUUAAUGUUAAAUUCGAGCCGGGAGAACUACGCGAAGCGGCGAGAACUUUUGAAGAAGCCCGAGGCAAGAUAAAGAAGUACACACCACUACUAGCUGGCAUCGGAGUCAAAGUGAUUGCUGUGAUCGGUCUGCUUUUCGGAGCUCUAACACUACUCGUCACUAAAGCACUUGUGGUCGCCAAGCUGGCUUUCCUUGCAGCUGCCGCGCUUGGCCUUCAUAAAUUACUGAGCGGAGGUGGACUUAACAACUUAAGCGGGAAGAUCGCAGGUUUCCAGUCAUCACCACAACAAUGGACGUCACCUACAGCGUCUGCCGCUUCUUAUCCGUACGCAAGAUCUGCGAGCUUAGCUGCUGACGCUAACGACCUGGCUUAUAAAGCACAGAUUAACUCAUAA